GCGGAGAGACAGGGAGAGUGAGAGAGGGAAGAAAGAAUCCAGACUGCACUGCCCUGCUGGCUUGGCCUGCUAAUCUCUAACCCUUAAAAGGGGAGGCUUUUUGAAUCCUGGUUUCUUAAAUUCUCCCUUCGCUUGUGACUGAGGAUCCCUGGACUUUGGAGAAACUCUUUGGUCUUCUCCCUACUGGACUUGGAUUUGGAGACUCAAAUUUGGGUUGCAGCUCUGUUUCCAACUUUCCAUGUGACUUAGAAAGAUUCUUAACUUCUCUGAGUCAUUUUCACCUGUAAGUGGGAAUGAUACUCAUCUGAUACCCGGUCAUUGUGAAGGUGAAAUGAGAAAGAAUUUCCACACUGAUUAGUCAACAGUGGAAAAUCUGAAGAGAUGCAAGUAGGAAAAAGAAACUAAACCAGGUCUGAGGAGCAAUGCGACAGGCAUGAUGGAGGUUGAGUCCUCCUACUCAGAUUUCAUUUCCUGUGACCGGACAGGCCGUCGAAACGCGGUCCCUGACAUCCAGGGGGAUUCCGAGGCCGUGAGCGUGAGGAAGCUGGCUGGAGACAUGGGCGAGCUGACGCUUGAGGGAGCAGAAGGACAGACAGAAGUGGGCACCCCAGACAAGGAAGCUAGUAACCAGCCCGAGAGCAGCGAUGGGACCACCUCGUCUUGAGUCGGACUUUGCCCAUGGAGGAUGGAAAAGAGACCUGCUGUCCUCACCGGGACAGGGAGCCCUGGCACUGGCCUGGCAGUCUCUUCUCUGAGCCCCUGUCCCAGGCAGGCCAGGCCAGAGUGAAAAGGCACCCCCAGAGGCCACCGUGGCCCCUGCCCUGGCCAAGCCCUCCACCUGCACCCUCAGGCUGCACUGGCCCACCUCCUCCUCACUGUGCCCAGGUACACCUUCGAGGCCCUGUAGCUGUGGGGUGUUAUUUAUUCAGCAGGCAUCUGAGUGAGCAGCCCCCUCAAGAACGCAUCUCCACAGGUGGCCUGGGCAACAGCCACAGCCCAGCUCUGCCCCCCUCUCCAAGCCCAACCUUCUGGGUCAAGAUCUUCACAUCCCUUUUUUAAAAAACACUUUUAAACUUUUUAAAAACUUUAAACCUUUUUUCAGCAGAGAGGGAGAGAGCUGGCUUUUUUGGGGGGUGGGGGGCAGGGGAGGCAUUAUAAGCUAAACUGACCUUCUAUGCAGCUCUGCAUCCUCUCAUGGAGCUCCACAGAUCCAUUUAUAGGGAAGGGGUUUUGUGCUCAAAACUGACCAACUCUGCCCUUUCUACCAAGAUAAGUGACACCUAGGACCCAGGAAAUAAAUGCUGAUGAUUUGUG